AUAUAUUUGUUACUAUCCAUUGUCAAUUGCGUAGCGAUGUGGUAAUGUGGAGCAUGGAUUAUAUUAGUAGCUUAACGGAUUAUUCCUCGUGACAACGUGCUUCUCUAAUAAUUACCAAAUAGUUCUAACUGUAUGUAUCUAGUAACGGUAUCUUACUGCACUUCGCCUAUAAAAAUAAAAGACACUGUUUGAUAUGAGUUUAUACUUGCAACUGGCAAACACGGAACUCAACUUGGAGCUGGUACAAGUACUGUUUAGACAUGGAGAAAGAACACCACGUGAAAAAGAACUGUCGCCGAAUGAUUUGUCCAACGUUUCAAUUUAUGAACCUUGGGGCCUUGCUCAGUUGACAAACGAAGGAAAAAUGAGAGAGUAUCGGAUUGGAAAAAUGUUAAGGGAUCGCUAUAAUAAAUUCUUAGGUGAUAUUUAUUACCCAAGUGAUGUAUAUGCCUUCAGUUCGGAUCACGAUCGAACGAAAAUGUCCCUUCAAUUGGUGUUAGCUGCUCUUUAUCACCCGGCUCCAACGCAAAAGUGGAAUGAAAAUUUGUCAUGGAUACCCAUACCAACGUAUUAUAUGCCAGAGAAAGUGGAUGAUCUGAUGAAACCCGACUUGUCUCCAUUAUACAUAAAUGCUAUUAAAGAAGUGAGAAAUACGGAGGAAAUUCUAAAAAGAGUAUCGCCUUACAAAGAUUUAUUUGAUCUUCUUUUCGAAAAGACUGGCAAGAAUGUAACUGCGACAAACGAAUCGUAUGAAAUGUACAAUCAACUCGCAGCAAAGAAAGCCAUGAAUCUGCCUCUGCCAGAAUGGUGUACCGAUGAGGUUUACAAGAAGCUCCAAGACACUGUGAAGAUCGAGUACGAUAUACGUUCGUACACACCGUUUUUGAAACGAUUGAAUGGUGGCGCGUUAAUUAAAAGAUUCAUCGACAAUAUCAAGAUUAACGAAAAGCGCGACAGGCCAAGAAAAAUUUACUUGUAUAGUGGACACGAAGUGAAUAUCGCUGCUGUUGCGAAAGCACUAAAUUUACCCGAACCUGAGCUGCCACCAUACGGAUGCGCGAUUAUACUUGAAAAAUUAAGGGACUCAGCUGGCAAGAGCUACAUCAGGAUGCUGUAUUGGAGUGGAGCUACCGAAGAAUUGAAAGUUUAUAAAAUUCCUGGAAAUGAGGAAAUUUGUCCAAUGGAAAAAUAUUUAGAUAUCGUAAAAGACGUACUUCCGACGAAUGAAGAAGUUUACCACAAAUGGGAUCACUUAUCUAAAGAAGACUUACGACAACUAUACGAAGAAAGACUUAAUCUCAAUUAAAUAUUAAUUUCGUGCAUUAAUGCAUCUUAGGAUUCAAUUUGUUAAAAUAUAAUUGUGACGCAAAAUUUAUAUUCGGUGAUUACGAUAAAACAUGGAAAAUUAUUUA